GAAGGAUGGAAGGAGUAUGUUCUGUCUCGUACUGCCUCCUUCCUCUCCUUUUAUCUCUUUUCUAUGAUAAACCUCUUCUACUCUGCAUUGCAGAUCGGUGGAUGGAGAGAGAGGAGGCUCUACAGGACAGGUGGAUGGAGGAAGAAGAGGCUGCACUGGGUGAAAUGAUAGAGGAACUGGAGGCUCUACAGAAGGAAUGGAUAGAGGAACAAGAACUGUCUACAGAACAGAUGGAUAGAGGAACAAGAACUGUCUACAGAACAGAUGGAUAGAGGAACAAGAACUGUCUACAGAACAGAUGGAUGGAGGAACAAGAACUGUCUACAGAACAGAUGGAUGGAGGAACAAGAACUGUCUACAGAACAGGUACAAGAACUGUCUACAGAACAGAUGGAUGGAGGAACAAGAACUGUCUACAGAACAGGUACAAGAACUGUCUACAGAACAGAUGGAUGGAGGAACAAGAACUGUCUACAGAACAGAUGGAUGGAGGAACAAGAACUGUCUACAGAACAGAUGGAUAGAGGAACAAGAACUGUCUACAGAACAGAUGGAUGGAGGAACAAGAACUGUCUACAGAACAGGUACAAGAACUGUCUACAGAACAGGUACAAGAACUGUCUACAGAACAGGUACAAGAACUGUCUACAGAACAGAUGGAUGGAGGAACAAGAACUGUCUACAGAACAGGUACAAGAACUGUCUACAGAACAGGUACAAGAACUGUCUACAGAACAGAUGGAUGGAGGAACAAGAACUGUCUACAGAACAGGUACAAGAACUGUCUACAGAACAGGUACAAGAACUGUCUACAGAACAGGUACAAGAACUGUCUACAGAACAGGUACAAGAACUGUCUACAGAACAGGUACAAGAACUGUCUACAGAACAGAUGGAUGGAGGAACAAGAACUGUCUACAGAACAGGUACAAGAACUGUCUACAGAACAGAUGGAUAGAGGAACAAGAACUGUCUACAGAACAGGUACAAGAACUGUCUACAGAACAGGUACAAGAACUGUCUACAGAACAGGUACAAGAACUGUCUACAGAACAGGUACAAGAACUGUCUACAGAACAGGUACAAGAACUGUCUACAGAACAGGUACAAGAACUGUCUACAGAACAGGUACAAGAACUGUCUACAGAACAGAUGGAUAGAGGAACAAGAACUGUCUACAGAACAGGUACAAGAACUGUCUACAGAACAGGUACAAGAACUGUCUACAGAACAGGUACAAGAACUGUCUACAGAACAGGUACAAGAACUGUCUACAGAACAGGUACAAGAACUGUCUACAGAACAGGUACAAGAACUGUCUACAGAACAGGUACAAGAACUGUCUACAGAACAGGUACAAGAACUGUCUACAGAACAGGUACAAGAACUGUCUACAGAACAGAUGGAUGGAGGAACAAGAACUGUCUACAGAACGGAUGGAUAGAGGAACAAGAACUGUCUACAGAACGGAUGGAUAGAGGAACAAGAACUGUCUACAGAACAGAUGGAUGGAGGAACAAGAACUGUCUACAGAACAGGUACAAGAACUGUCUACAGAACAGGUACAAGAACUGUCUACAGAACAGGUACAAGAACUGUCUACAGAACAGGUACAAGAACUGUCUACAGAACAGGUACAAGAACUGUCUACAGAACAGAUGGAUGGAGGAACAAGAACUGUCUACAGAACAGGUACAAGAACUGUCUACAGAACAGGUACAAGAACUGUCUACAGAACAGGUACAAGAACUGUCUACAGAACAGAUGGAUAGAGGAACAAGAACUGUCUACAGAACAGGUACAAGAACUGUCUACAGAACAGGUACAAGAACUGUCUACAGAACAGGUACAAGAACUGUCUACAGAACAGAUGGAUGGAGGAACAAGAACUGUCUACAGAACAGAUGGAUAGAGGAACAAGAACUGUCUACAGAACAGGUACAAGAACUGUCUACAGAACAGGUACAAGAACUGUCUACAGAACAGGUACAAGAACUGUCUACAGAACAGGUACAAGAACUGUCUACAGAACAGGUACAAGAACUGUCUACAGAACAGGUACAAGAACUGUCUACAGAACAGGUACAAGAACUGUCUACAGAACAGGUACAAGAACUGUCUACAGAACAGGUACAAGAACUGUCUACAGAACAGGUACAAGAACUGUCUACAGAACAGGUACAAGAACUGUCUACAGAACAGGUACAAGAACUGUCUACAGAACAGGUACAAGAACUGUCUACAGAACAGGUACAAGAACUGUCUACAGAACAGGUACAAGAACUGUCUACAGAACAGGUACAAGAACUGUCUACAGAACAGGUACAAGAACUGUCUACAGAACAGGUACAAGAACUGUCUACAGAACAGAUGGAUAGAGGAACAAGAACUGUCUACAGAACGGAUGGAUAGAGGAACAAGAACUGUCUACAGAACAGAUAGAUAGAGGAACAAGAACUGUCUACAGAACAGAUAGAUAGAGGAACAAGAACUGUCUACAGAACAGAUAGAUAGAGGAACAAGAACUGUCUACAGAACAGAUAGAUAGAGGAACAAGAGGCUGUACUGGUCAAGGGAUGGUGGAAGUAGAGACUCUACAGAACAGAUGAAUAGACGAAGAGGAGGCUCUACAGGACAUAGGGAUACAACCUGUAUAGGAACAAGUGUUAUGGGGAGAAGAAUCUCUACAGAACAAUUCGCGGUAGAGGAGGCUGUACAGAAGAGAUGGAUAGAGGAAUAGAAGAGAUGAAAAGGAAGGCUCUACAAGCUUAGAUGGGAAGAGAAAGAGGAGGCUCAAUAGAGACGAUCGAUCGAGGAAGAGAGGACUCUACAGGUGAUAUGGGAGGAAAGGAAGAGGAGGCUGUACAGGACUAAGGGAUAGAGGAAGCAGCGAUUGGAUAGAGAAGAAGGCUAGAUGAAGAGAGGACUCAACAGGACAGGGGAAUAGAAGGUUCUACGGGACAGACAGAGGAGAGGAGGCUGUACAGAACCAUGGAUAGAGGAAGAGGAGGCUCUACGGGACAGAUGACCCGGAUGGAGGACACACAAAUAUAGAUGGAGGCUGGAGGAAACACUGACACGGAUGGAGGACACACAGAUAUGGAUGGAGGUUGGAGAUGGAUGGAGGACACACAGAC